AUGCAUUCAGGCGUCAAGAAGUACAAGUGCCACAAGUGCGGCAUGGCCUUCAACCACGUCUACAAUCGCAAUCGGCACCUGAAGAAGCACGACCCGAAGCUGACCCACGAGGAGCUGCUGCUGAAGAGCAUCGACAGCACGCUGGCCAACAUUCCGCUGGUCACUGAGCCCGAUGACCUGCUGAAUGCCCCGGACGAGAUGGCUGCGAAGGCUGCAGCAGCUGCGGCGGCAGCGGCAAAAGAAGCCGAAGAAGCGGCUUCAGCGGCGGCUGCUGCUGCAGCACUGGCCGCGGAAAAUCAACGCCAAGCGAAGCAGCAGCAGCAACAGCAGCCUAAUCAUCACCUGCUGCAGCUGCUUAAUAAAGGCGGUGGCAAUGACGGCAAUAACAACUUCAUCAGCUCGAAUGGCACCUCGGAGCAGAGCAGUUUCCACCAGAAGAACCAAGGUGGCUGCACCAGCAGCAGCAACAGUCGCCUCUUUGACAAGCUGAUGAACAAGACGGUGGACAACUCCAACUCCAACUCGGCGGCUAUGCUUCCCAGUCGAAUUCUGGCGCAGCGAUCGUCCACCACCACCAGCAGCAGUCGCAGUCGAAGCAGCUCUGCAUCCUCCUCCUUCUCCUCUUCCUCCUCUUCUUCCUCCUCAUUCGGCAGCGAUAACGUCUCCUCGACGAAUCUCUUUGAGUUGAAGGCAGCCCCCACCGCCACCACCACUGCAUCAAAUUCGUCGGAAAAUGGCCUCCCCUCGAGCUCUUCUACCGCCACCACCUCGAACAUCAUCGCCAGCGGCAAGAUCUUCUCCGGCGGUGGUGAGAAGCCGUACCGCUGCCGCGAGUGCUACAAGCGCUUCUCCACAAAGGAGCGCCUCGACAAGCACCAGCUGGUGCACGACGAGACGGCGAAGCACCUCUCCUGCGAGGUCUGCGAGCGCAAGUUUCUCACCAACAGUGCGCUCUCCUGUCACGUCAAGACGCACAGCUUCUCCACCGACGAGCCGCGCAAGUACGACUGCACCCUCUGCGGGCAGCUCUUCGAGACGAUUCAGCAGCGGCGGGAGCACGUCGCCGUGCACGUCAACCCCGCCACCGGGCUCUACCACUGCUCGAAGUGCAGCAAGACCUUCGACGACUUCUCGCCCAUCCGCAAGCACAUCAAGUCCUUCCACUCGGAGGAGGUCUUCCAGUGUGGGCAGUGCGAGAAGGUCUUCCCCCGGCAGGACAAACUGCGCCUGCACAUGCUCUGCCACAGCAACCACUGGGAGUUCAAGUGCGACUUCUGCGAGAAGCAGUUCAAGCGCAAGGACAAGCUGAAGGAGCACACGCAGCGGAUGCACGCCCCCGACCGGGAUGUGCGCAUUGCCGCCACUGCAGCGAAGCUGGCCGCUCGAGCGCAGCGCCUGAAGGCGAACCGGACGAAGCGGGUGGCGACGAAGCCCAGCCAGCCCAACUACAACGAGUACAUGUACAAGUGCACGCAGUGUCUGCUCGGCUUCAAGCGGCGUGGCAUGCUGGUGAACCACCUCGCCAAGCGCCACCCGGACGUGCGCUACGACUCAGUGCCCGAGCUCACCAUGCCCAUCAUCAAGACCUCCAAGGACUACUACUGCCAGUACUGCGACAAGAUCUACAAGUCCAGCUCCAAGCGAAAGGCGCACAUUGUCAAGAAUCAUCCGG